UUCUUUUAUAUAUAUAUAUAUAUAGUUGUUUGUUAAAAGUUAGAUUAGUUAACAAGUAUGGAAGGAUUUGAGGUUGGAAAGCGAGACGAAAGUAUUUGUCCGAUGAAGAAACGGCGGACUAAACGGCCGCGCCACCAUGACACGUCGUCGUCGCUUUCAUCUUUCAGUGAUAAUUCCGGCGGGUUUGAUCAUCGUCGUUCUCUAUCCAACGAUUCGGAUAUCGAGUUGAAUCAUCACAGGGUUGAAGAAGAAGAAGACAUGGCCAAGUGUUUAAUGCUUUUGUCUCAAGGCCACAUCAGGAAACCGCCGCCGUCUGCGGCGGCGGCGGCGGCGGCGGGGAUGAACAGGGAAGUCUACGAGUGCAAGACGUGUAAUCGCGUGUUCCCAUCAUUCCAGGCCCUCGGCGGCCACCGAGCUAGUCACCGGAAACCAAAGGCGGCGGCGGCGGAACAGCAACAACAAAAUCAAGAAAGUGUCGUCGUCGACGACGAUGUUACAACGUUGUCGCUUCAAAUUCCCGGCCGCCCGCCCGCCGUGACGAGCUCUCCUCCUCGUAACAAAGUUAGUAAUCGGAUUCACGAAUGUUCCAUCUGCGGGGCAGAGUUUAGCUCCGGCCAAGCCUUGGGGGGUCAUAUGAGGAGGCAUAGACCGCUGCCCAGCAUUGCCGCCGCCGAUCAAGAAAUCAAGAAGCCCAGCCUUCGAUUGGCUUUAGACCUUAACUUGCCGGCGCCGGAAGACGAUCACCGGGAAAUAACCAAAUUCCCAUUUGCAUCCAAGGAACAAGUCAUCGUCUUCUCGGCUUCGCCUUUGGUCGAUUGCCACUAUUGAUCAUCGUAUUCUUUUUCAUUCCUUUCACUGUGAAAUUAUUAAUUAUUACUGCAUUUGUUAACGUUUAAGUCCAUUGUUAUACAUUUAAAGGAUUACCAAAUAUCCAUUCUUUCAA